GUGCCUGAAGUCAACUAUUGCCCUGGGAGGGGUUUUUUUCUCCUGCGCGGCAUCCAGAAGGCAGCUUCUCUCUCUCGGGGUGACGGCGGCGUUAGCGGCGAGCGUGGGGGGUUCCGUCGCAACUGCGCACGCUGGAAGUCCCCGUGCAGGAGCGGCGAUUCCGCGGUCCAAGGCUAUACUCCACAGGGAAUUGGACUAGAUGAUUUGCAGAUUGGAUCCUGAUUAAUUAGCUAAAUGAAAUGGGAGCAAAAUGCAAUAACAUAACAGAUUGAACAGAUUAAAGAACUCCUUUCUACAACAACAAAAUCUUCAUAAUACAAUGUCUUUGCCAGCUUUACAAUGAUUAGGAAUGACUGGGCAACUAUCUACUACUGGCUAAGCAACAUUCAUUGGAAUAUCUGGUCUUUAAGCCACAAAAUUUGAAUGUGGAACCUUGGUCAAAUCUAAACAGUGUGAUGUUGAAAUGAGAUGAGGCUCCGAAAUGGAACUGUGGCCACUGCAUUGAUUUUCAUCACAUCUUUCCUCAGUUUAUCAUGGUAUACAGCAUGGCAGAAUGGAAAAGAAAAACUCAUUGCUUAUCAAAGAGAGUUUCAUGCUUUGAAGGAACGCCUUCGCAUAGCUGAGCACAGAACCCUGCAACGUUCUUCUGAAUUAAAUACCAUCUUGGAGCAAUUCAGACAGGCAGUAGCAGAAACAAAUGGAAGUAAGGAUGCAUUGAGCAGCGUUUCAGAUGAAACAUUAAAGUUGUUAAAUGAAUUGACAAGCAGACGAUCUCUUCAAGUGCCAAAUAUAUAUUACCACUUGCCUCAUUUGUUGAAAAAUGAAGGAAGCCUUCGACCCUCUGUACAUGUUGGCCUCGGACGAACAGGAGUUUCUAUAGUAAUGGGUAUUCCAACUGUCAAGAGAAAAGUAAAAUCUUACCUUACUGAAACUCUUCACUCGCUGAUUGAUAAGCUGUCACCUGAAGAAAAAUUGGAUUGUGUUAUGAUUGUAUUCAUAGGAGAGCUUGAGGAUGACAUCGUUGUCAAGCAGAAUUAUUUCAGCACAAUAAAAAAUUUUGCACUUCAGUUGUCAUCAGAAGACUGGAUGAUUCUAGAAUUCUCUCAGCUGGGAUUCAUAGGUAAAAUGUUUCAGUCUCCAGAUAUUACACUCAUUGUAGAGUUCAUACUUAUGUUUUAUAAAGAGAAACCAAUUGACUGGCUCUUGGAUCACAUUCUUUGGGUGAAAGCAUGCAAUCCGGAGAAAGAUGCAGUAAGUUUGUUUGAGAAUUUAAUGUUUCUGAAAAGUCUACCUAUAUGACUUGAUUGUAAGAAAAUAUGUUAAGAAACCUAGAUAUAGUUUUUAUAGCUCUUUUCUAAAUUACAGUUUCUUGUAGCUAAGCAAUGUUUAGUGUAUUAUGAAAUGAUUAAGAAGAUACGAUUAAUGGUCGGGACAUUACCAGAAAGAAAUCACUUGAAGCUGUGCAAAGCUUUUGGAUGGAGCAUUUUGAAAAGCAUGAUUAAUAUAACUAAUAUAACUGUCUUGAAAUGUUAAAGAAGUACAUUUUAUAGGAGAUUUGGCAAGGCAGUUUCAAAAACUGACUUUGGCUGUGUGCAUGUUGCACACAUGGACAGCAAUUCUCUGAAACUGCCAGAAAAACAAGGCAGCUCUGUGUGCAAGUAUCUGUAGUCACAGCUAUGAACGUUUUGAAGCAAUCACAACAAACUUUGCAGAAGAGCGAAGGCAAAGAGAGAAUGCUUUACUUAUGCUAGCAUACUUGCAUAUUUUGCAAAACACCUCUUUGCACAGCCCUACUAUACACACACUGCAGAGGCCAAGUACUAUAAAGACUGGAUUAUAUUCUAAAAAUAUUUCAACUUCUCCAACUGCGCCCCAGCAGAUGGCAUGCCUUCUGCAGGUGGACAGCAGAGAAUAUCCUGCCUGAAAUUUGGCCUGCCGUCUAGUAGGCCAAACAGAUUGCUGGGGGAGGAGAGGGGAGGAAUCUACCUGAAUCUACUUAGGGAUAAACAUACAUUUGUGUGAAGGUAUUCCAUUCCCUUUUUCCAAAUGUAGACUCCUUCCUACCACCAUGUUUCCUCGCCUAUGGAUUGAAAGUUGCAACAGU